AUGGAGUCGCCCAGCGUGUCACGGCUUGAAACUGGACCAAGAGACUCAAUCAUCGCAAGCACCCGUGUUGAAGUCACCAUUACAGCAAACGCUAUCCGCUUGGCGUUCCCACAUCUGAUUCACAACAAGAAGCGGUCACGAUUUGCAUCAAUGUUGCAGGGUCAACAGCUUGUGACGCAGGGCGUGGUGCAUUUCGAGUGGGACAGCGACUCAAGUCGUGUUACACUUCUACAAUCCAAAGCCGAUCUUUUGACCCCGAUGCUGAAGAUACUCGGAGACUUGGAGACGGUGGCAAGCGUUUUUCAAGAAGCUCUCAUUACACCUGAGUGCACGCUUUCGAGCAAAGACUAGAAGUCACCAUGAGCGGUAAGAGGUAAAGACUAUAAUAGUCAAGAAAAAAGAGCAAACAAAUAAAAUUCAUGAGUAAAUCCC